AGAAAUUGGUCCAGAAUUUUGGUUUAUUGCAAGUGAGGAUAGCUUGUACAGAUACGUCUAGCUAUAUUGUGUUUACGAUACAUUCACUAGCAAAUAAUUUUGUCAUUUGAUCAUUUAGGUUUCUACUGGAGGAUUCAAUGACAGCAUUGCACAAACUUAAUUGGCUCUGCAAUUGUCUUUAUGCAAAGGCAGAGAGACAGAGUAGUUCAGAAGGAAUUUAGAACUGUCUAAAGCAACAGGUUUACUUGUGACAUGGAUGUUUACCUUUAAAAAAGUUUUAGCUUUAAAAGAGAGUUUCCGUUUAAAUGUUUUAGCUAGCUUGUUUGUAAAACUAUAAUUUAUUUGAAUGCUGAAACUCUUUAAAGGAUUACUUUUCAUCUGUCAAGAAAGUGAAAGUUGUACUGCUUCUGAAAGUUUUCAGGAAUGUGCUCAGUAGUUCUUGUGUUUUACACAGAGACACCAAAGUGAUCAUCAUGUCUAAUAAAGGGAAAAGGUCAGAAUGUUUCCUGGGAUUUGUUGCCGUUCUGCUUAUUUUUAUGCAGGUGGUGAACUCACAAGGACUUUUUGAAUUUUCAGACAUGCUUUUGGAGUUCAGCAACACAGAUGGAUACGUAAGGAAUAAACGAGCCGUGAGCACGGACGUAAUAGAAUACAUUAUAAUCAUAGAGGUGAAUGUGUCACAAGCCAUUCAUUUGGACCAAAUCAAAUCAUCCUCGGACUCCAUCAUCCCUCUCAAAUUAGACAAUACCACCGACAUUAUUAGCUUGAACGUUACGACAGUGUGCAGUUUGAAUGGCACUGAAUAUCAAUGCAGGUGUGAGGAUCAGUAUUUCUGGCCGUGUGAAAAAUGCACACUAUAUGGAUCUUGUAAUAACGUCACCAAUGUCUCAUGUGACUGCAUCAAUGCUUUUCCAAAUGAUGGACACUUCUGCCAACCAAUCAGUGUGCUGAAUAACUCUUCAUGUCCAGCUGACAUCUUCUUAGCUGAUUAUCUGAUUGAGCUUGAGAUUGAUACAUCUGUCCUGGCUGCUUUGCAGAACAGUUCGGAGAUUUUAACCUUCUUCAAUGACAGUUUUAACAAUUUCAGCUCAAUAAAUAUUGACAUCAAUGUCAUUGACAUUAACCUCACUACAGUGUGCUAUUGGGAUGAUGCUGAAUAUCAGUGCACGUGUGGAGAUAAAUAUUUCUGGCCAUGUGAAAAGUGCACUUUAAAUGGGUCUUGUAAUAACGUCACCAAUUCCUCAUGUGGAUGUCUGGAUUUACUUCCAUAUGAUGGAAAACUCUGCCAACCAAUCAAUGAGCUGAUUUAUAACUCUUCAUGUCCAGCUGACAGCUUCUUAGCUGAUUAUCUGAUUGAGCUUGAGAUUGAUACAUCUGUCCUGGCUGCUUUGCAGGACAGUUUGGUUAUUUUAACCUUUUUCAAUGACAGUUUUAACAAUUUCAGCUCAAUAAAUAUUGACAUCAAUGUCACUGACAUUAACCUCACUACAGUGUGCUAUUGGGAUGACACUGAAUAUCAGUGCACGUGUGGAGAUAAAUAUUUCUGGCCAUGUGAAAAGUGCACACUAAAUGGGUAUUGUAAUAACGUCACCAAUUCCUCAUGUGGAUGUCUGGAUUUACUUCCAUAUGAUGGAAACCUCUGCCAACCAAUCAAUGAGCUGCCACAUAACUCUACAUGCCCAGUUGAACCCUUCUUAGCUGAUUAUCUGAUAGAGUUUGAGAUUGAUGCAGUAGAUGGUACAGUCCAGAAUCUACUGAGGGACAUUUUGGAGGCAAACAAUUUACCCUUAAUAAACAGCAACAUCAAUAUCACUGACAUUAACAUCACUACAGUGUGCAAUUUGACUGGUACUGAAUAUCAGUGCAGGUGUGAGGAUCAGUAUUUCUGGCCCUGUGAAAAAUGCACACUAUAUGGAUCUUGUAAUAAUGUCACCAAUUCCUCAUGUGGCUGCAUCAACACUUUACCAAAUGAUGGACACUUCUGCCAACCAAUCAAUGAGCUGAUGAAUAAAUCAACAUGCCCUCUCCCAGUUCUCCCAGCUGAUUAUCUGAUUGAGGUUGAGAUUAGUGCAGUAGACGUAACUGUCCAGAAUCUACUGAGGAACAUUUUUGAAAGUAGCAGUUUACCCUUAAUAUACAAUGACAUCAAUAUCACUGAUAUUAACAUCACUACAGUGUGCAAUUUGACUGGUACUGAAUACCAGUGCAGGUGUGAGGAUCAGUAUUUCUGGCCAUGUGAAAAAUGCACACUAUAUGGAUCUUGUAAUAAUGUCACCACUUCCUCAUGUGGCUGCAUCAACACUUUACCAAAUGAUGGACACUUCUGCCAACCAAUCAAUGAGUUGAAGAAUAACUCUACAUGCCCAGUUGAACCCUUCUUAGCUGAUUAUCUGAUAGAGUUUGAGAUUGAUGCAGUAGAUGGUACUGUCCAGAAUCUACUGAGGGACAUUUUGGAGGCAAACAAUUUACCCUUAAUAAACAGCAACAUCAAUAUCACUGACAUUAACAUCACUACAGUGUGCAAUUUGACUGGUACUGAAUAUCAGUGCAGGUGUGAGGAUCAGUAUUUCUGGCCGUGUGAAAAAUGCACACUAUAUGGAUCUUGUAAUAACGUCACCACAUCCUCAUGUAGCUGCAUCAAUGUUUUACCAAAUGAUGGACACUUCUGCCAACCAAUCAAUGAGCUGAUGAAUAAAUCAACAUGCCCUCUCCCAGUUCUCCCAGCUGAUUAUCUGAUUGAGGUUGAGAUUAGUGCAGUAGACGUAACUGUCCAGAAUCUACUGAGGAACAUUUUUGAAAGUAGCAGUUUACCCUUAAUAUACAAUGACAUCAAUAUCACUGAUAUUAACAUCACUACAGUGUGCAAUUUGACUGGUACUGAAUACCAGUGCAGGUGUGAGGAUCAGUAUUUCUGGCCAUGUGAAAAAUGCACACUAUAUGGAUCUUGUAAUAAUGUCACCACUUCCUCAUGUGGCUGCAUCAACACUUUACCAAAUGAUGGACACUUCUGCCAACCAAUCAAUGAGUUGAAGAAUAAUUCAACAUGCUCUCUCCCAGUUCUCCCAGCUGAUUAUGUGAUUGAGGUUGAGAUUAGUGCAGUAGACGUAACUGUCCAGAAUCUACUGAGGAACAUUUUGGAAAGUAGCAGUUUACCCUUAAUAUACAAUGACAUCAAUAUCACUGAUAUUAACAUCACUACAGUGUGCAAUUUGACUGGUACUGAAUAUCAGUGCAGGUGUGAGGAUCAGUAUUUCUGGCCGUGUGAAAAAUGCACACUAUAUGGAUCUUGUAAUAAUGUCACCACUUCCUCAUGUGGCUGCAUCAAUGCUUUACCAAAUGAUGGACACUUCUGCCAACCAAUCAAUGAGUUGAAGAAUAAAUCAACAUGCCCUCUCCCAGUUCUCCCAGCUGAUUAUCUGAUUGAGGUUGAGAUUAGUGCAGUAGACGUAACUGUCCAGAAUCUACUGAGGAACAUUUUGGAAAGUAGCAGUUUACCCUUAAUAUACAAUGACAUCAAUAUCACUGAUAUUAACAUCACUACAGUGUGCAAUUUGACUGGUACUGAAUAUCAGUGCAGGUGUGAGGAUCAGUAUUUCUGGCCGUGUGAAAAAUGCACACUAUAUGGAUCUUGUAAUAAUGUCACCACUUCCUCAUGUGGCUGCAUCAACGCUUUACCAAAUGAUGGACACUUCUGCCAACCAAUCAAUGAGUUGAAGAAUAAAUCAACAUGCCCUCUCCCAGUUCUCCCAGCUGAUUAUCUGAUUGAGGUUGAGAUUAGUGCAGUAGACGUAACUGUCCAGAAUCUACUGAGGAACAUUUUGGAGAGAAGCAAUUUACCCUUAAUAUACAAUGACAUCAAUAUCACUGAUAUUAACAUCACUACAGUGUGCAAUUUGACUGGUACUGAAUAUCAGUGCAGGUGUGAGGAUCAGUAUUUCUGGCCGUGUGAAAAAUGCAGACUAUAUGGAUCUUGUAAUAACGUCACCACUUCCUCAUGUGGCUGCAUCAAUGCUUUACCAAAUGAUGGACACUUCUGCCAACCAAUCAAUGAGUUGAAGAAUAAAUCAACAUGCCCUCUCCCAGUUCUCCCAGCUGAUUAUCUGAUUGAGGUUGAGAUUAGUGCAGUAGACGUAACUGUCCAGAAUCUACUGAGGAACAUUUUGGAAAGUAGCAGUUUACCCUUAAUAUACAAUGACAUCAAUAUCACUGAUAUUAACAUCACUACAGUGUGCAAUUUGACAGGUACUGAAUACCAGUGCGGGUGUGAGGAUCAGUAUUUCUGGCCAUGUGAAAAAUGCAGACUAUAUGGAUCUUGUAAUAAUGUCACCACUUCCUCAUGUGGCUGCAUCAACACUUUACCAAAUGAUGGACACUUCUGCCAACCAAUCAAUGAGUUGAAGAAUAAAUCAACAUGCCCUCUCCCAGUUCUCCCAGCUGAUUAUGUGAUUGAGGUUGAGAUUAGUGCAGUAGACGUAACUGUCCAGAAUCUACUGAGGAACAUUUUGGAGAGAAGCAAUUUACCCUUAAUAUACAAUGACAUCAAUAUCACUGAUAUUAACAUCACUACAGUGUGCAAUUUGACUGGUACUGAAUAUCAGUGCAGGUGUGAGGAUCAGUAUUUCUGGCCGUGUGAAAAAUGCACACUAUAUGGAUCUUGUAAUAAUGUCACCACUUCCUCAUGUGAUUGCAUCAACACUUUACCAAAUGAUGGACACUUCUGCCAACCAAUCAAUGAGUUGAAGAAUAAAUCAACAUGCCCUCUCCCAGUUCUCCCAGCUGAUUAUCUGAUUGAGGUUGAGAUUAGUGCAGUAGACGUAACUGUCCAGAAUCUACUGAGGAACAUUUUGGAGAGAAGCAAUUUACCCUUAAUAUACAAUGACAUCAGUAUCACUGAUAUUAACAUCACUACAGUGUGUAAUUUGACUGGUACUGAAUAUCAGUGCAGGUGUGAGGAUCAGUAUUUCUGGCCGUGUGAAAAAUGCACACUAUAUGGAUCUUGUAAUAACGUCACCACCUCCUCAUGUAGCUGCAUCAACACUUUACCAAAUGAUGGACACUUCUGCCAACCAAUCAAUGAGUUGAAGAAUAAAUCAACAUGCCCUCUCCCAGUUCUCCCAGCUGAUUAUCUGAUUGAGGUUGAGAUUAGUGCAGUAGACGUAACUGUCCAGAAUCUACUGAGGAACAUUUUGGAGAGAAGCAAUUUACCCUUAAUAUACAAUGACAUCAAUAUCACUGAUAUUAACAUCACUACAGUGUGCAAUUUGACUGGUACUGAAUAUCAGUGCAGGUGUGAGGAUCAGUAUUUCUGGCCGUGUGAAAAAUGCACACUAUAUGGAUCUUGUAAUAAUGUCACCACUUCCUCAUGUAGCUGCAUCAACACUUUACCAAAUGAUGGACACUUCUGCCAACCAAUCAAUGAGUUGAAGAAUAAAUCAACAUGCCCUCUCCCAGUUCUCCCAGCUGAUUAUCUGAUUGAGGUUGAGAUUAGUGCAGUAGACGUAACUGUCCAGAAUUUACUGAGGAACAUUUUGAAGAGAAGCAAUUUACCCUUAAUAUACAGUGACAUCAAUAUCACUGAUAUUAACAUCACUACAGUGUGCAAUUUGACUGGUACUGAAUAUCAGUGCAGGUGUGAGGAUCAGUAUUUCUGGCCGUGUGAAAAAUGCAGACUAUAUGGAUCUUGUAAUAACGUCACCACUUCCUCAUGUAGCUGCAUCAACACUUUACCAAAUGAUGGACACUUCUGCCAACCAAUCAAUGAGUUGAAGAAUAAAUCAACAUGCCCUCUCCCAGUUCUCCCAGCUGAUUAUCUGAUUGAGGUUGAGAUUAGUGCAGUAGACGUAACUGUCCAGAAUCUACUGAGGAACAUUUUGGAGAGAAGCAAUUUACCCUUAAUAUACAAUGACAUCAGUAUCACUGAUAUUAACAUCACUACAGUGUGCAAUUUGACUGGUACUGAAUAUCAGUGCAGGUGUGAGGAUCAGUAUUUCUGGCCGUGUGAAAAAUGCACACUAUAUGGAUCUUGUAAUAACAUCACCACUUCCUCAUGUGGCUGCAUCAAUGCUUUACCAAAUGAUGGACACUUCUGCCAACCAAUCAAUGAGUUGAAGAGUAACGCUACAUGUCCAGCUAUAACAACCACAGCACCCACCUCACCAUCCACACCCACCUCAGCAUCCACACCCACCUCACCAUCCACAGCCACCUCAGCAUCCACACCAACCUCACCAUCCACACCCACCUCAGCAUCCACACCCACCUCAGCAUCCACACCCACCUCACUAUCCACACCCACCUCAGCAUCCACACCCACCUCUAUAACAACUAUAACCACCAACGUCGCAGCAAACAUUCAAGUAUUAAGUUUCUCAAUGACAAUAAAUGAAAAUUUUGACCUUGACUUCACUAACAAAUUCAGCACAAAAUACAUUAAAUAUCAAAACAAUAUCAAGAAUUCAAUUAAUAAAAGUUACAGUACUGUACCUGGCUAUCAGGCCAACUCGGCAACAGUGACUAACUUCAGACCUGGCAGUGUGAUUGUGGACUUUACUAUUCAAGCAUCAAGUGCUAACCUUGACUUGGUAUCAGCAAACCAAAACCUUGCUAGCAGUCUCCGUUCUCAGGGAUUUAAUGUGAGCGAUAAUGCGUUCAGUCAAAGUGUGAAAGAUGGACUAUAUCAAAGUAAUGGCAUUAUCUAUCCUGGGACAAAUCUCAAUCUCACCUGCAAUCCACCUGUGCUUAAUGAUUUACAAUGGACCCUGAAUGGGGCUCCGAUAACCGGAUCAAGUAAUAUCCUUCUACUGAACAAUGUCACUUCCAGUAACAGUGGUCAAUAUGCCUGCAGUACAACAGUAAACUCUAUGCCCUAUGUUAUCUGGCAAACCAUUACAAUUCAGCCGUACCCUAAUAUCGAAGUGAGCACUGACAAAACUUUACAAUGUAAGACUGAUACAAUUCCACUGAAGUGUUGUGUUCAGGUGGUGUAUCAAGUGGAAUGGGACAGAGCUUGCAGCUCAAAUUCAACAGACCCAACAACAGGCUGCAUAUUCUGUAACUAUACAGUUAACCAACAGCAGUGUAAGACUAAUGACCAAAUCGUACAAGUCUCAUGCCAACUCAAAACUCCCAUCAAUGGAAGUACAAAUCCAUCUUACAACUCAAAAAGCAUUACACUAAAAGUAACAAACAAACAAUUUGACUGCUUUGAUACUGUAGUUGGAUCUGGAAAUCAGGGAGACAAACACAACGGAGACUGUGCUGAAAACAUGGAUGGCUAUCAAGUAGCUCAGUGUAAUGCAAACCUCUGGAACACCAUAGAAGACCACUGCAUCCCGCGUAUUUUUGUCAUUUUAAAAGAAGACGCUAAGACUGUACCCUUGGAAAACAUCCCACAGUUUAUGUUCACCAUCAGCAGUAAUGCUACAUCAGAGAUUAAAAACAUUGUUAAUUCUCCAGAUACCAUACUAACACUUGUAGAAACACUGACAACCAUUUCCAGUCGCUGUCAAGCAAUUCCAAUCAAUCAACCAGUUAUGACAAAUUUCCUAGAAACAACUGAUGUCAUUGGAUCAGAAGGUGCAAAAAAUACAUGGGUGAUUUUAAACAAGAACAAUACAACAAUGAAUGCCAGUUCUGUACUUCUGAACUCCACUGAAAGCAUUGCACGCAAAGUUUCAAUUGACACCACGAUAACAACAAACUUGUCUUCUUUUAAUAAACUGACAUUUUCUUCCAUUACAACCUCCUUUUCUGGAACAUUUGGAAAAAAUUCAACUACUCAAAUAAAUAUUCCCAUGACUAAGGCCAAUACUUCCCUCACAGUCAUAAUAUCUUCAGCUUUUAACAAUAUCUUACCUGUUCGAAAUCUGACCUAUAACAGCAGUCAGACUGACACCAAGAUCAAUGGAGAUGUAGCUAUGAUUGAGACAAACUCAUUAAUUAACAACAUCUCUCUCUCUUUUGAUGUCAUAAAUACUACAUUGGGAAAUCCUCAGUGUGUCUUCUGGAACUUUAGUCUUCUGAAUGGUGUUGGUGGAUGGGACUCGACUGGAUGUCAGUUAAAGCUAUUAGGGAAUGAAAAUAAAAGAUACACAUGUGAGUGCAAUCACACAACCUCUUUUUCAAUCCUGAUGUCACCAUUUACGCUGGAUGAAGUCCAAGCCAUAAUCUUAGACUAUAUAACCUACAUUGGUGUUGGUAUUUCAAUGGGAAGCUUGGUUUUGUGCCUCAUCAUUGAAAUCAUCAUAUGGAAAUCAGUGACACGAAAUGACACAUCCUACAUGCGCCAUGUCGCCAUAGUCAACAUCGCUGUCUCCCUCCUGAUUGCGAACAUUUGCUUCAUCAUUGGAGCAGCUGUUGUUAAACAAGAGGGUCCCUGCAGUACAGCGACGUUCUUCAUGCACUUCUUUUAUCUUGCCCUUUUCUUCUGGAUGUUGUUGUCAGCACUUUUGCUCCUCUACCGCACCCUCAUGGUCUUUUCCAGAAUGACCAGAGGAGCAAUGAUGGCCAUAGGCUUCACUGUCGGCUAUGGAGCCCCGUUAAUCAUAGCUGUCGUUACUGUGGCAUCUACAGCUGGAGGCAAAGGAUACAUUCAACAAGGUUACAAUUGUUGGCUGAACUGGGAUAAAACAAAGGCUCUCCUGGCAUUUGUGAUUCCUGCUCUGACGAUUGUAGCUAUAAACCUCCUGGUGCUUAUUGCAGUUCUGUUUAAGAUGUUGAGGAGAGGAGGUAAUGCUUCUGUUCAGCCAGAUGAGAAACAUCCCCUAGUGGUUAUUGCUAGAUGUGUGGCGAUUUUAACACCUCUCUUUGGUCUAACGUGGGGAUUCGGCAUUGGGACCUUGGUGUCACGGAACUUUGGGAUUCAUGUAGUGUUCGCAUUCUUUAAUUCACUUCAGGGUUUCUUUAUUUUGGUAUUUGGAACAUUACUGGAUAGUAAGGUCCGAGAAGCAUUGGCAGGAAAGUUUUCACUGAGAAACUUAAGUUCUGGCCAGACUAGGAGUACGACUGCAGGACCAUCAUCCUCAAGUGGGUUUCCUUUCUUUCGAAGACUACGGCAGAGAAAUGUUUACAAUAUAUCGAGUGGUGGGAAUAUGUCUUCAAGCAACACAGAUACAGCUAAUUGACACCUAAAAUAAACACCCACGUUAUAAGGGUCUGUUUAACUGCAAACAUCAAACACAAUACAGUAGUCUGGACUUCUGCCCCAAACAAGUCUAGUCCUUCUUAUUACUAUUUCAGAAAUGUAUUCUGCUAUGAAUCUGCUUAAAAUUCUUUUAAACUUUAUCUCUUUCUUUAUUUAUGGUUUAUGGUAGUUACAAAGAUAUAGAUGGACGGAUAUAUAGAUGGACAGAAAACUUCAAAACAUACAGUUUUCCACAUAUAUACAGUGGAUUUGAUUGCUUAAUUCCACAUCCCUAAUUAUAGGACGAUGUGCGCAGUUAUGCAACCACAUUAUUUUAGUUUCUUAUUUUUAAUUUAUUUUCAAUUAAGUUGUACAUGUAAUAGGUUCACAUUAAAGGUGGAAACAAUUCUGGAA